CCAAGGGCGCAAUAGCAAAAGCCUUCCCAUUCCCUUCCUUCCCUUCCAUCGAAGUCGACGGCCGCCGGCCGGCAAGAAGGCGUCCGCACCAUCUCUCAUGGGGCCCCAGCAGGACCGUUCGGCGCCCAAGACGCACGCCAACGGCACUGCGGCGGCGCCCGAGAGGAAGGACGGCAAGGUGGUGCACUACAAGGAGUGCCAGCGCAACCACGCCGCGGGCAUCGGCGGCUACGCCGUCGACGGCUGCCGCGAGUUCAUGGCGUCGGCCCCCGAGGGCAGCCCUACGGCUCUCCUCUGCGCCGCCUGCGGCUGCCACCGCAGCUUCCACAAGCGCGAGGUCGAGGCCUUCGACUGCGACUACGAGUCCGACACCUCCGGCCGGUGAUCACCGCGGCCGAAGCCAUGCGGAUUUCCUGCCUGCUUGUCUCGGUACAUGAUCAGCAUCGACAGGUAAGGUUCGGACAUUAAGACGACUCCGUUCGAUCUCAGUCCAUCAAUCAAAUAUAUGUGUGGACAAGUUAAUUAUCUUCCUCCUCCUCCUCCUCCUCCUCCUCCUCCUCCUCCUCUUCUUGGUAUUGGGAUUAAUUUGGCGAUCAGUUGUGUGAUGAUGUAAUUAACAUAUAGUAUGUGUGUUCUUGAAUCCAAUCUGGUGUGUGUAGAUCAAUCGGUGACUGUGAGAUGAACAUCUCGUAUUCUGUACAGAUUUGUGCUUCUUGUUUGGGACCAGUAAUUAAUAAUAUGUCUCUGAAUUA